GAGGCGCUGGUGCACCGCGGCGAGGACACCUCCGACCGCCCACCUGCGGUCGUCUAUGAGCACCUGGGCUACGGGCCACACGCAGAAGGGGUGAUCCUGGCACGGUACGGGCGCGCGUGGCGGGAGCAGCGACGCUUCUCCCUGUCCACCCUGCGCAACUUCGGCCUGGGCAAGAAGUCCCUGGAGCAGUGGGUGACUGAGGAGGCCUCGUACCUCUGUGCCGCCUUCGAUGACCAGGCCGGACGGCCCUUCAGCCCCGACGCCCUCCUGAAUAAAGCGGUGACCAACGUGAUCGCCUCCCUGACCUUCGGGCGCCGCUUCGAGUACAAAGACCCGCUCUUCCUCAAGCUCCUGGACCUAACAGAGGAGGGAGUGAAGGAGGAGUCAGGCUUCCUCCGCCAGGUGCUGGAAGCGAUCCCUGUGUUCCUGCACAUCCCGGGGGUGGCUGCCAAGGUCUUUCCUGGGCAGAGGGCCUUCAUGGCCCAGGUGGAUGAGCUGCUUGCUGAGCACAGGAUGACCCGGGACCCGACGCAGCCUCCUCGAGACCUGACUGACGCCUUCCUGGACGAGGUCGCGAAGGCCAAGGGGAGCCCUGAGAGCAGCUUCAGUGAUGACAACCUGCGCCUGGUGGUGGCUGAUCUUUUCACUGCCGGGAUGGUGACCACCUCGACCACGCUGGCCUGGGCCCUCCUGCUUAUGAUCCUGCACCCGGAUGUGCAGCGCCGUGUCCAACAGGAGGUCGAUGAGGUGAUAGGGCAGGCGCGGCGACCAGAGAUGGGGGACCAGGCCCACAUGCCCUUCACCAUGGCCGUGGUCCACGAGGUUCAGCGCUUUGGGGACAUCAUCCCACUGGGCUUGUCCCACAUGACGUCCCGUGACAUUGAAGUGCAGGGCUUCCUCAUUCCCAAGGGGACCACGCUCAUCACCAACCUGUCAUCAGUGCUGAAGGAUGAGACCGUCUGGAAGAAGCCCUUCCGCUUCCACCCCGAGCAC